AUGAAGGCGAAGUUCGCGAAGUUCAUCUCAGUCAGUCAAAUGCCUUGUUAUUAUUUACAUUCUUAAAUUUUGAAGAGCACAAACUUUUUCAUGAUUUUCCGCAGAAAUUCUGUGUAAAAUAAAGUUAAUUUGCCUUCCUCUCGGAUCCACAACCAAAAAUGACCAGAACCUGCUUCGUGCGUGGCUGCAAAAGUAGAGCCAAUUUGAAAGGCAUGCCCCCGAACUCGAUCAAGUUUUUCCACUUUCCAAAAAUUGAUCGUCGGACCAAAACGUUCGAGGCGCUUUCCACUACCAGGCGGAAAAUGUGGUGCAAGGUGCUGGGGGUGACGGACCAGAAGCGCUUCGAUUACCACGUCGUUUGUGCUUAUCAUUUUGUAACAGGUCAAAGCGCCAAGCUGAACGAAGAUGGACACGUAGAUUGGGUGCCCAGUUUGUAUCUGACUGAGGAGGCGGCUAGUCGUAUCCCGCGAAAUGGACCAAAAAAGCUCACACACGUACAGGUGCAGUCGGAGUUUACCCGGAGGCAGUUCGAUUAUACGGCCCCCGCACUGGUGAUUGACGACGACAGCGAUGAUAGCUACGAGUACGACAUCACGGAGAUGGUAAAGGAUCGUCAGGAAGAAUGUCCGCAGCAGUCACUGAUAAUCGAGAACAACACCGGCAUCGUGCAGGAGGUGAAGGUGGACUUCACCAACGGUGAUUUUACUGGGGCUUACAAAGAUGGAAAGAUUCGUAUCCCUAGGAUCCCUAGAAACUAAGAGGUGGAGAAAGUGCAUACUGACUGGUUUGGGGUUGUUUAUAAAUUACGUAAGAUAACCUUAAUUGAUUUUCGACUUUCCAUCCCCCCUUGUAAGAUGCUUUGUAUGAAAAAAUAAACAAAUAUGUCCCAAUAACGCGUAAAAUGUCUCAAACCUACCAUCAUAAGUCCUUACGUAAUUUAUAGACGCUCCCUAUUUAUUAAAUAAUGUGCUGCACACUACCAAUGAUUCAUUAUUAUAAUUAGUUUUAUACUUA